CGCGGGGGGGGACAAGCCCCGGAACCAGGCCGCCCGCGCGGGCCCGCGCUCCCCGCCAGCCCGCGUCCGCAACUCACCAGCUCCGGAAUCCGUCCCGUGGCCCUAGCCCGCGCUUCCACAGCCGGCUGGGAACGGCGGCGGCGCGGGCUCCAGGUACAGCGCCUCUCCAGGCGAGCCGCGCGGCUCCCGCGAGUAGCAGGAGGCGUCCGGUCGCAGACUCCCUUCGAGGCGCUUCCUGUCCGGUGAGCGUCGAACGACUGAAGCCGCGGCCCAUAGUGCCUUGCGAUGGCGGGUAGGCGUGUGUAGGCGGAGCCAGGGCCGGAAGUAGAACGGUGGCGGCGGCGGUGACUCUGGAAGCUCGGGACUCAGUGCAAGUUCAGAGACUCAGCCAUGAUUCUGCAGAGGAUCUUCAGGCUCUCCUCUGUCCUUCGGUCAGCAGUCUCUGUGCAUCUCAAGAGGAACAUUGGUGUUACAGCUGUGGCCUUUAAUAAGGAACUUGAUCCUGUACAGAAACUCUUCGUGGACAAGAUAAGAGAGUACAAAUCAAAGCGACAGGCAUCUGGAGGACCUGUUGAUGUUGGCCCAGAGUAUCAGCAAGAUCUGGACAGAGAGCUUUAUAAGCUUAAACAAAUGUAUGGUAAAGGAGAGAUGGAUACGUUUCCUACCUUCAAAUUUGAUGAUCCCAAAUUUGAAGUCAUCGACAAACCCCAGUCCUGAGGAACAUAUAAAAUCCAUGUGAUAAUUUGUCAUGAAUUAGUUGUACAACUAAUCAAAAAAUUCGAAUAAACAUUCAUUUCACAGUUA